AUGAUUAUCCUGAUGCUCUUUAGCCUCGCUGGCCUAUAUAUUGCCGGACUAGGGAUCUACAGACUUUACUUCAGUCCCUUGGCCGCCUUCCCUGGACCGAAACUUGCAGCGCUGACCCUGUGGUACGAGUUCUACUACGACGUAAUCCUUCGCGGGCAGUAUAUCUUCCGUAUCCGAGACCUCCAUGAGAAAUACGGUCCUAUAAUUCGCAUCAAUCCGUAUGAGCUACACAUAUCCGAUCCGGAUUACUACAGCACCCUGUAUGCCUCCAGUACCUCAGGGGUAAGACGAGACAAGUGGGAGUGGUACACGAAGCAGCUCAGCACUCCUGAUUCCAUGUUUGCGACCACUGGACAUGAAUUGCACAGGGUUCGCAGGGCGGCACUGGGUCGUUUCUUUUCUGUGUCAAGUAUUCGGCGCUUACAGCCAUUGCUGAUGAGCAAGGUAGACCUGUUGAUGGAGAGAUUUCGCAAGGCGCGAGAAUUGAAAACUGUUAUUCCGCUAGAACAUGCGUUGGCUGCCUUUACGAACGAUAUCGUGAUGGAAUAUGCCUAUGGACAGUCACAGAACCGUCUGGCCAAGGAAAAUUGGGGCCCGGAAUAUCUCCAUGGAGCUGUCAAUGCCGCGAAAUAUGGCAGUUUGAUGAAGCAAAUGAUUUUUAUUUUCGAUUUCGUGAACAGUCUUCCGGCAUGGGUACAAGCCAAAGUGUCGCCGAGUUUGGAAUUGAUUAUCCGGAUACAUAAGCUGACAGAGAAGAUUAUCGUCGGGAUCAAAUCUGAACCGCCAUCUACCUACGAGCAUCUAGAGCAUCCAACUCUAUUCCAUGAGAUCCUGAGUAGUAGCCUGCCAGAUUCCGAGAAGACAGUUAAACGACUUAAAGAAGAGGCUAUGAUUGUAGUUGGAGCAGGAACAUCAACGACAUCAUGGGCAUUAUGCGUAGCGGUCUAUCACCUACUUUCUAAGCCGCCACUUCUUUCACAAUUGAAACAGGAGCUUAGCGAGAAUAUACCAGAGAGAAAUACCCAGCUUCCAUUGCCUCAGCUUGAACAGCUGCCAUAUUUGACUGCGGUUAUCCAAGAGGCCCUUCGUCUGAGCUACGGAGUUGUCACGCGACUACAGCGAAUCUCUCCAGAUGUACCGUUAUUCUUCACGGACGAAAAGUCCGGAAAAAAGUGGAUUAUACCAGCUAAAACUCCCGUGAGCAUGACUAGUGUCUUAAUCCACCACGACGAGAACAUAUUUCCCAACUCGCACGAGUUUCGCCCAGAACGAUGGAUCGAGAACCCACGACUAGACAAGUAUCUAGUCGCCUUUUCCAAGGGAACCCGCCAGUGCUUGGGGAUCAAUCUCGCGUACGCAGAGAUGUAUGUCUGUCUAUCGACUAUCUUCCGACUUUUUGGGUCACAAGGGGUAGACGAGCUCGGAAGAGCGCAAGGGGUGCACAAUGAUGGUGAUGAGGGAAAUCUAGAGCUUUACGAGACAACAAGUAAGGAUGUAGAACUUGCUGGGGAUGGAUUCGUCCCUCUGAGAGCAGUUGACUCGAAGGGGAUAUAUCUUCGUGUACAGUAA